GUCUACAUGUUCCUGCACCUCUACAACGACAAGAAGAUGAAGUACCAGAAGCUGAACCACCAGGCAGUAGAACCACAAGAAGAACGACGUGGAGAAUCAAGUCCGGUUGCUGAAGAUGAGAGUGAACCAGAUGAAGAAAUGUCUGAUGGAGGUGGUGAGACUGAACUUCAGCAGAGAACUGCUGGACACAUCAUCACAGACUGGGACCCCAUGACGGGCACCCUUGCUGACUACAGGGUGUUGCAAAGUGAAGAAGAAGCCUUCAGUGGCGAGGAAUACUUCAUGGGAAAUCCAGUCAGUGGAUACCACCGCCACUACAGGCCUACGACUUCAGAACGUGAAAAUCCAAGUUUUGUGAAUGAUGCGGCGCCACCUUCCUACAUGGACGUGGAUGACCCUAUGCCUCCAGAGAACUUCAACGAUGCCGCUGAGAAUCCCAACAACAGGUCAGUGCUUGAACCACCGCCAGAAGACGCAGACUGGUGGGACUUUGAGAACUUGUUCAAAUACAUGAAGUGUGAAGAAGAGCAGAGGGCCGGUCGUGUGAAGGAAGCUGGUAUCUUCACCCUGAACCAGCUGAAAGAGUUCAUCAGGACUCGUUUGGCUUCGACCUACAGCCGAACAUAUCCCGAUAUGGCCUUUGACCACAUUAUUUCGUUGGGAGCAGAUGACCGACAUGAUUACGGUACCUUCUGCAAGAUAGUGCUGAUGGGAGAAUGGGAUGACAACUUCGACCACUAUGUGGACCUGUACCUCGAAAGAGAGGUGACGUAG